GAGAUGCAAAAACAUAACAUUUUUGUAGCCGGUUGACUUGUAUCUGAAAACUGAAAAAAAAUACGAUUACAGUGUUGUAUCUUAAUCCUUCCUCUUUUCACAAAACCUGCACCUGUUAGUGGGGAGAUUUGGAUAAAGACUCAACACAGAGGACUGGAAGUCCUCCAAAGUGGGAGGAGAACAUGAAAACAGCAGGACAGGCAGAAGCUGGAAUAUCUCAGAGAUGCUGAGAGUCCUAGGAAGAAGAAGCUUUUUACUUUUUCCUCGUCCCUGCUCAGAAAAUGAACAUGUCAGCGAGGAUCGUGUUCGGAAAGGGACGACUCGCUUCAAAGCAGGUCUCCUUUGCGUUCCCCCAGACAGAUCCCCUGAGGAAAGGCAGCCGGUCUGCAGGAGGGAAGAGGAGGAUGUUCUCUUUUUCUAUCAGAUGUCGUCUGGGUGUCAUCAAAGGCAGAACCAAAGGUAAAAAAAAAGAUGUGCCGUUUUUGAGGACAGUUAAUCAGAUUGCCUUUAAUCAUAUAGACCUUUGACCUUUGAAAAUUUUGUUAAACUGUCAGAAAAGUUACCUCACUAAAACAAAUACAUCAUUUUUUAAUCACCCCUAAUCUGUUGUCACAUAAAUAGAUCUCUAAAACUGAGAAAAUAUAAGCAUGUUUCCAUCAAAGACAGCUUUUUUUAUGCCUGAAACCUGACUUUUAAUCAACCUUACAAGUGAAAACUUAAGUAUAAGUGUGUAUGACACAUCCUCACCUACAGGCCCUCUUUAUGUCAAACUAUGACGAGUGCUGGCUGACAACUUUAUUCCUGAAUCUUGCUUCCCAGACACGAAUUUGACAGCUGCACUGGAACAUAAUCACCAUGAGGUGGCAGUAUGGUCAGUUUGAUAGAGCAGCAGGUUCAGAUUCAGGGCAUCCUGUUAUAAAAGCAUUUUAUUCCACUCUGUCAAGGAAUAAUUACAAUAAAGAUCUUUAAAAUGACAGUAUUGAUGAAAUAUUAAAAUGAGUCACCAAUCAGCAGAAUACUUAAAUCAGCCUCUUUCAGGUGCAGUGAUUCAGCUUCUCCCUCACCAUUCCUGCAUGUUUGUACGCCAAGGUCACUGCACAUAUUCUGCUCUGUCAGUCUAAUCAGUACAUUAUCGCUAACGCUGCAUCAAUGAUCUUGAUUGAGGAAGUGCGAAAGAGUCAUUUUUACUACAACCCAACAUCUAUUCUCUGAGGUUUUUAUCAGUUCAAUGCACUCCCCUGUCUCCCACUUCUCUUUAUUCUAUCUUGAAAUUAAUUAGUCUCGCUCUGAAAAGACGACGCUCGCACACAUUGUAAACGGGGUAUUAAGGACGAAAGUCUCAGAGGAAAUUAUCUACCCUAAAGAGCAUUGUGUCCGCUAGAGCAGCUGACUAAUUGGGCUCAAUGAAACAGCAGGUAGACGCAUGAAAUUCUCGUUUGUGACCACAUGUCAAAAGAGACAUGUCUGACUUUGGCGUGCUGCACAUCUCUGUUUCUUAAGUCUGAACGCCGACUGAAAUUUGUCCGCAGUGACCAAAACAAAUGAGGCAGAAGAGGCUUAAAGGGGCCGUCAGUGAGGCUGGAGGAGGCCGUCUGUUGUUGUUGUUACUGGGUGCAGCGGGGGGGCUCAGAGAGUGUCAGGCGUCAAAGUUUGAGUGCGAGACAAAUGGUCAGACAGGUGUGCGGUGACGGGUCAGACAGCACACCCCAUUAGAGCCUCUGUGUUUGGGUCCUUUCGCAUCCCUGAGGGAGAAACACGAGAUGCCAGACCUCUUUUUUUUUUUUUGUCACAAUUUUAAAUGUUAAUAUUUUGCUCAUCAGUCUUCAUCGAGAUGAGAAAUAGAAUCUGUCAUUACGGCCUCCAGUCAUGACUUAUUAUGUAUAUCAGUAUCAACAUGCGCUCAAACGGGCAGCUGUUCUGCACAAGAAUUUUGCGUAUGCAUCAUGUGCUCAUGUGUGUGUCUAUGUGUGUGGGUGAGACACAGCCAGAGAGAGAGAGAGAUACUAGCACUUUGGAGAUACAGGCUGUGUAAAGCGGGUGCAGUCUCUUAUGUGAGAAAAACGUGACACUGGUUGGGGCUCAGUCUGACAAUGAAUGUGCAGGUGGUGUUAAUUGUGCCGGGAGUUGAGCGUGUGUAGUUUAGUCGUGUUUAGUUUCAGAGUGUGUCUAAGAGUGUGGGUGGGUUGGAGGAUGAGCGGAACAGGGGUGUUUGACUUGGUGGGAAAUGGAUAAAGAGUGUGUGCUUGUACGCGUGUAUGUGUGUGUCUGUGUGUUAAAUGUGUGUGCUGGGGGAGGGAGUGACUCUCGUGUGUGCCUGCCUCACUGAACCCCUCUGGCAAAGGAAGAGAGAAAGGGAGAGAGAGAGAGAGAGAAAGAGAGAGAGAGCAGACACACUCACUCCAGCUCUGUAAGGGAAAGAGGAGGGUUAUGUGUGAGCUCAUGUGAGCGUAUAAACGGGGGAUGAUAAACCCCUCUGGAAAAGGACGAAUGAUUAGUAAGAAUAGCUCAAAAAUGGAACUGCGGCAGGAUGACAAGAAAAGGACAUGAACCUUUGCUCUCUCUCUGCUUUGGAUUUUAAAGAAAAAUCAGGGUUUUGUAGAUUUAGAUAUUUAGGGAUUAAGAUUAUGAUUUGAUACCUUUUUGUCAACAAGUUUAAAUAGACAUUCGCCCUCCAGAGCCUCCUUCAUUUUUGGCUUUUACAAACAGAGGGCAAGGGUUAAGGAAAUGUUUUGCAAAGGAAGGGAGGAAAGAAGAUGGUGCUUUAUGUGAGCGGCUGAGUCUCCGGGGUCGAGUACUCUCAGCUCAGCGUGGUGGGAACCUUCAGCUCUCUGCCCACUACUACAAAGCAGCAAAGGUUACUUCCAGAGGGGUGCUGCGCUGUGUAAACUACAGCCAUGCUGUGUGGUCUGAGGAGAGACGCCAAGAACAGCAUUGGUAAGCGCUUCACACUUUGAUCUUCGCAGCUAUGUGUAGUAUUUAUGUCAGGAUGGGGUUCAGGGAUCACCAGGAUCAAUUAGUAAGCUGUAAAGAGUGGAUUAUGUCUUCAGAUGUGUGGUGCAUCUAAAGGGCAGACUCUUCCCCUUGGAAAUAUUGUAAAAGCUGUCUUCCGCACAGCUGAAAUGCAGAUUAAAACGCAUAUGCUGUGAAUGUGUUUAAUCCAAAUGCCUGUGGAGCUCUACAUACCAUCAUGUCAUGUGCAACUGGGGCAGAUUUCGCAACGUAAACUAGGACUGGCGAGACCCAGUUUAUACAUAAAGUUUCAUAUCUGAAAAUAGCGUAAUGAUUUCGUCGUCAUUGUAAGUGGCCCGCUCCUAUUUAACCUACAUUCUGGUUGGUUCUAGGGGGGUGCAUUCAGGGUCCUAAAUUAAAUAAAGAGAUAAUGAAGUCACCAAAUAUUCAUGAAGAAGCACAGGACUUUAUUUGAGCCUAUGCUCCAAGACCUUAUCUGCCAAACCUCUUCACUGCCCUCCUCAGAGCGUGGAUUUUUUCCUUACACUUGUUUCAAUUGUUGGGGCUGUUUAUUAAUCAGCUCCAUCCUGACUCGGGUUCUUGCCGUUGGGGUGAAUGAUGGUUAUUUUAAGCUAGAGGAGGAUGACUUGAAGGUACAGUAGGGCUCAGUCACGUGCAGAGCGUGGAUUCUGCGUUACCCAGAGCUAACGUUGCCUUUUGACUGCAAUGACAGCUGCUGGACUGUCAGGGACCCUCAGGAGCCCGCGUGGUUACGAGGCUUUUGUCCAGAUUAAUGUGUUUGUGAUGUGUCACUCACGUUGUGUUUGUGCCUUACAGCUAGAGGACGGGAUAUUUGUGCAAGGAUGUGUGUAAUUUAGUGGGAAAUGCCAUAUUAUGCACACCCAACUGUAUGGUUUCUCCGUACAUUUACAUCACAAUACAGAGUCCUGUUGAGAUAUUCCUGUAGUCAAGAUCGGAAUAAUACAGCUGUGUGCACGGGGAGGCUGCAUUUUCUGUCCUCCUUGUGUUCAAGACCCACACAAAGGCUUCAGGUCAGGGGAGGUUUGACAAAGGAUCUGCGCCUCUCAGCUGUCUAAAGGCUUCAUCUUCAGUCAGGCAGAUGUAGAAAUAUGAUGUGGACGGUGGAUUUGAUGGCCUUAGAGCACUUGUUUCUCCCAGUUCAGUCUUUACAAAUUAGCACAGUUCAAAGACAGAUUGAACUGGGGGAAAUGGGGGGUGUCAUUACAAGUUAAAUUGAUCAGCUGUCAGACCGGGGCUGAUACCUCUUAAAUGAGGACAGGUCUAGUUUCCCAACCAGAGACCAUGAGCAAGUGAUCCCUGCUCGAGUUGACCUGAGGUUAGCUAAGGGAAAUUGUGCCAGACAAUAGUGCCACAUGAAUGAAAUUCAUAGUAGACGGCAGAUUAGUCUUUUAUUCUCUGUGCUCACUUGGUAGAUCAUCAUAACCUUCAUUUUUGGAGUUGUAGACAAACCGAAGUCCAAAAUGUUACCAAGGAGUAGGCCUUUUUUUCAAUUAUGUAUAUAUUUGACUGUUUUAUUGUUUAUUUAAACCUUUGUUUAAACAGGCCAUCUCAUUUAGAGGCAGAAAAAGACCUGUCUUGGAUGAAUCCAAAUUAGUUCAAGCCUAAUCAGCCAACAUUGGUUCCCAUUUACAUUUAACCAGUAGAUUAAUACUCCACUGUGAAUGGAUUUAUUUGACACUGAUACAAACUUGACAGCAUAACUCAUAAACGUCAAGCUCCGAAGUUAAACUGAGCCUCUUUUUUACAGAACUUUGGGAGGAUUUAUCAAGGUUUAUACUAUAAUACUUAUUUUAAAAAAAAGCUGUUGUAGAAAUUACUGUACAGUUAUCAGAAAAUGUGUUCAGAGCAGGGCUGUCACAAUUUUCAUCUUAUGUAAAACAUAUGAUAUUAAAGUGAUAUUUUUAGAAAGUUUGAAAAUUUACCAAGGCUCAAGAGCAACACUUCACUAACAAGUGUUGCCAGUAAACCAGAUUGACUUAGAUGUCAUCAUCCUGAUAGCGUUAAAAUCUGAGAUUUAUCCACAUCACCAGACCUGUGAAUGAAACUUGUUUGUAGAAGACAUUGCCCAAUAAAAAUAUUGUCAUGCUUUUAAUCGAAUUUGUUACUCUUUCGCAUUUAGGAUGCUUUUAUUUUGAAACGUGAAAUUCACUUAUUGUAAAGCGUCUGAAUUCUGAACUAAAAAACAAUUGAAGAAGGGUUAAAAGGUACAAAUGGUCAGAGAUCCAAGGGGACUAGUGCUCUAACUUGAAUUGAAUUUAUCGUCAUUGCACAUGUCACAAGUACAGAGCAACAAAAUUUGCUAUUCAUGGUGGGCCUUUGAAUGAUUGUAUAGUAUUUAAAUUAUUUCUGGCGGUAUAGUGUCACAAACUAUCUUGCUUGAUACUGCUGCCUCUUUCUCGUUUCUCCCAGCUUUAUGAAUUGUGGCAUCAGUGUAAAAAAACUCACGUUAUUACCAUAUGAGUAUUUUUUUCACAAUAUUAAUAUUUCACUUUUCCAGGAAGAAGGUAAUUGUAAAUAUUGGAAGUAUUUUGGGACAACCCUAAUUCAGAGUCCUUUUUUUCAUCAGAUUACAUGUGAUAAAAAUACUUCAUUGUGUCAUGUAAUCAGAGUACUUUACUACAAAAUAAUCAGGAUAUAUUUAAUCAAAGAGAACAUUCUGUGUUUUUUCUUCACUCUCCCUCCUCUCUUCCUCUCCUUCUUUCUAUUUUCUCUCUCAUUCCUCCACACAACCAAUGUACACUCUAAUUUUCACAGCCAACGCCGACUUCAAAUCAAUGUUACUACAAGGCAGCAGUGGUAAUUACGACACCCCUGUGCUGCCUGCCAGUGAACUUUAGGUUUAUCUACUUUCUAUUGCUUCAUUUAAGGUCGAACAUCUUUUUUUUCCGCAGGACCAUGUAGUUGUGGUAGUUGUGUGCAGCAGUGCUUAUGAUUACAAUAAUGCAACACCAUGUAGUGUUACCUUUUUGACAAAGACACACUUAAAUUUGGGUAUUCAAAACGAGAGUCUGCUUGUUGUAAGGCUGAGGUGGGUAACCUCCCCCUACCAUAAGGCCUAUACACAGUGAACAAGAUGAGAGAAGUGCCAAGUUGAGUUUCUUCAUCACUGUGACUGCUGACAUACUUCUGUGGCUGCAUUCACAUCUAGUUUGCUGCUGUGCAGUGGCCCUGCUAAUCUAAGGCUAGACCUGUGCCGUAUGAGACAACAGUUUCACUUUGGGGAUAAAAAGAAAAAAAGACAGACACUUGUCUUUCUGCAGAGCAGAUUGAACAUUUCCCAGCUUUUUGACUAUAGAAGAAACCAACUAGAGAGACCUUUCAGGGCUCAGGAUUCUGGAAAAUUUUGUGUAUAUCUUUUGCUGGUAACAAGAAUAAAAGGUUUUAAAAAAAACGAUACAAUUUAUUAUCUGGCCAGUACUGGCUUGAAGUGCAAAUUGCUACUAUCUCAGUAAGCUGUGUUGGCAAAAUUAAAGUGAAAAAAAAAAGAGUAUCCAAGUUGGAAAUGCAUUAUGAACAACAACUUGAAUACUAGGGAAGGAAUUUGGUCCAAGACUUGCCAGCAUGAUCAUAUUAAUCAUCAACAUAUCAGGCAUAUUAUAUUCUAUCAAUGGUCAGAAACUUUUGUAACGUAACCAUUUUUAGUGACUAACUUGAACCCUACCUCUAAAUAUAACUGUCACAACAACACAAGGCUCGUAGGUGUUGAAAGUUAGGAGGUUUGUACUGACAUUUGCAGUUGCUGUUAAUUAGGAGCAGAGCUGAACACAGACAGAAUAUUCCAUCAAUGGUCAUAAACUUCAAAAAGUCAUAUUGUGCACAACAACGUUUUGCUAUUUUGUUUUUCACAUAGUCUGACAUAGAUUCCUUUUAAAAAUUAUAGCAGCAUUAAGAUCUAACUUUUUUGACUUGUAACCUACGUCACAAGUCAGGGAUAUUGGCUGGGGACAUAUUUUGUCUGAAUAAAUGUGGCAAUAAACUAGACCAUAUUUCAAGUCAAAACCACAUAUUUAGGACAUAACAUGGUAUGGUACUAUACGCUGAAUACCUCUCAAGUUUUAGUUUAAAAAAAGGGACAUCCUCCGAAAAAGCGAGAAAAAAGUACGACGAAAACGAGCCUCCAAUUGGCUGCCGGAGCAUCCAAUCAGCCAAUCGGGAGUAUGCGAUGGCACACCUAAUUUGCAUACAAGAUAUGUUGUAAGCAACAAAGAAAUAAUAAAACGUAGCGACGAGAAACAUAUCAGCCUUUGUAGAUUUGCUAAUUUUCUCCCAAGAAGAGUUGGUCACAAACUCAUCUAUGAAAAACUCCAUGUCUGUUUAACGCUACACACGUUCCUCCCCACACAAUCAGAAAAAAACCAGUAAAGAAAUACUACGACACAAAAAACUUCUCCGAGCUUGAAGCAAGGAAAAAGUCACAGGCUCCCAAUUGACUGCCGUAGCAACCAAUCAGGGGCAAGCGAUGGCACACCUAAUUUGCAUACAAAAUAGGCGACACCAGACACAUUCCGGCCAAAGAAAAACACGAAAUACAAUAUACAAUACUGGAAUGUUGUGACUCAGUUUUAUGAUGUCCAUGUUGUAGGCAAUAUGGGCAUCAUAAAACGUUUCAACGAUAAACAAGCUUUUGUACAUUUGUUAAUUUGAGGUUUAAAUACGACGACACACAAAAACACUUACCUGAGCGAAAAGCGAGGAAGAAGUACUACGAGAACUAGCCCUCAUUUGGCUGCCGCAGCAACCAAUCGGGAGCAUUCGAUGUCACACCUAAUUUGCAUACAAGAUACGCUACACUGUGAUGCUUUGCAAUAUGAUAUAAUACACAUUAUUGUCUUAUUGGCGAAAUUUGUGCUCAACUGCAUCCACAACAAUUAAAAUGAAUAAUUUGGACUACACUUAACAUUGUCAUUGACUUAAAAGAUAGAAUAAAAUGACCAUACAUUAUGAUUUAAGACAUAAUUGAUAUCAGCAAGAUAACAGUUUGUCCUGGUUUAAUUCACUGAAAUAAUUAAACAAUGCACCACACUUCCAACACUUAGGUUUUUUUUAGGUCAAACUAGGUCAGUCAGGACUGUUACUGUUUCAGCUACUAGAAAAACAUCCCUGAGUCAAAGUUCAAUGGUGAUUUGUGUGUGUAUCAGUCAGUCUUGACAUGCAGCUGUCAAGAGAGCUAAAUGUGUCUGCAGACCUGGAGCCUGCAGAUUCAGGACUGCAUUUCUAGGACUGCAAUUCUGUUGUUCGCAGUGGCACCACCUAGUGCAUUGCAUUGGCAUGACUGCAUUUUUGGCGUGUAACGUAACCAUUUUUAGUGACUAACCCGAACCCUACCUCUAAAUAUAACUGUCACAACAACACAAGGCUCGUAGGUGUUGAAAGUUGGGAGGUUUGUACUGACAUUUGCAGUUGCUGUUAAUUAGGAGCAGAGCUGAACACAGACAGGAGAGCUUUCUUGGCACAAGAAGUUGUAGUGACAGUAAGUGGCCUGAUUGUCAUGGCAUGAUUAUGCACCUUGAAACAAGCUUUAUGGCUUCAUUAUAGUGAUUGUCAGAUGUGCAUCAGGCUUUUAAAGCCUUCAAUCUAGAACAAGGAUUUGAGCAGGAUGGGUAUGAUCUCAGAGGAAAACGGUAGCCAUAUGCACACGGUGAAUUCAACAGUAUUGUAAGCAUGUGUGUGCAGCUGUCAUGUGCAAUGGAUGCUUGUGCUCAUUUCGCCUCCUGCCUCACAGCUUCACUUCAUGUCACCGCAAUGCUUCCUAACAGCACCUCCAUGCCUCUCUGCUGUCUCCUCAGAUGAAGGACCAUACUCGAAGGGGAGCAAGGAGUCUGGAACAACUGACCAAUCGCAUUCGUCCCAGAGACGCAGCUUUUCAGGUAUGAUUCAGUCAGAGUUGACUUCAUUUUGUUUUCCGUCUUUUACCUGAUUCAUGCCACUGUAGCCAGUUCACUUCAAACAGAGAAGUUGUGUGCGGGGUUGUGCUAUCUUUGACUGAGGGUUUUUGUGUGCUGUUUUUGGCUUGAUGUUGCACUGUUUUAAAUGCUUAGGUAAGAGGGAAAACAUGCUUGUGUGGCAUACCUGUCAUUUGCACUAAACCACACUUCUACUUCGGGAAGAACAACACAGCACAAUGUGGUCUACAAGACAGGAUGAGUCCUUUGAUGACACUUUAUUACUACACAUCCAACAGGGUCAAACCUAUUUUCAUUCACAAUUAAGAUCGCAAUUGGAUUUCAUUUUACAAAGUGAUGAGUGUGCUGUAAUUUUCAGUCAGCGUCUUGAUGUGAUAAUGGACUGAAUUUCUUUCCAUUGUGAUAAACGGUGUGGUGUUAAUAAAACUGACCCCGUGCUCCUCUCUCUGAACCCAUCACAAGGAUUCACUCAGAUUGAGGGAUUUGAAGGAACAAGGAAAAGACAGGACGGCGAGAGAAUACAGAAUGCGGUCGUGUGUCAAAGAGCAUUUCUGUGAGACUUUCCAGAAUGAAAGAGAGAAAAAAAAGGGAAAAAAAGGGUCUUUUGUUGCCUUUCGGACGGGGGAUUCUGUCAAGCAGAUGCUAAUGCUGACUGUGGAUCUGUGCCUGUGUGUGUUUCCGUCAGCAGAUGAGUACAGAGGAGUGACCACGGUAGACCUGAUGAAAAGGGAAGGCAGCAGCCUUGGCCUCACUAUAUCCGGAGGGUCUGAUAAGGACGGCAAGCCCAGAGUGUCAAACCUCCGGCCAGGUGGGCUAGCUGCCAGGUGAGAUCUUUGCUCGGUGAUGUGGUCAAAAGCUGGCAACCACAGAAAGAUGUCCUGAUGUGUUAUCCUGCAAUGUUACACCCAGAUUGCCCUGACUGCUGGCCCGUAGGCGUUGUUUGAUCUGCUUAAUGCAUCCCACAAUUAGAAAUCCCCUAAAACCAAAACAUUAAACAUGUCCAUAAACAUGAAUUUAGAUGUUGAUCUUUUUGUUGUUUCAUGCUUAAUUUACUGCAGGAUGGUAAUUAUUAAAUACAAGAGGAUUUGGAGCUUGUUGUUAUAGCUUAAUUAACAUGAGAUUAAACCAAUUUCUCUCAACGUCAACAGAAUUCAACUCUUCUUUUCUCAGACAUCAACCACAUGAAAGGAAAAUGUAGUGAUGAGUCACGUUCUGUGGUGAAGAAGCAGCAUGUAUGACAUGUACACAUAAUCAGACACACAUACGCACUUUUGUGAGAAUGACGCAGCCCUCGCUUAAAAUGCCUCGGCCAAACAUCCCUUGUCAAAUCCAGGGAGGUUUAAAGACGGACACUGUGCUAAUUCUUCCAAGCAGCUUGUCCUCCCACAACUGAGUUCAUGCUUGUGUGGAAGUGCUGGCUAAUUUACUGGGUGGAGAGACACUCAUGCAGACAGGAGAGAGACUGGCAGUGACAUUGUGUGAUGAGACCGGACCUGAUGACAUGCCGCCCGGCUCUGCUGGUUAAGACGUCUCUCUCUGUCUGCUGUCAGCACUGAUUGGCAGUAGCCCAAAGGUGAGAGGAUUGACCCAGGCAGAGAGAUUUGAUUAAUUUGAUCUUCAAUGGACGACAUGUUGACUCAGAAUGCAUCCAAGUUAUACCCAUCCCAGCACCCGCUCUUUAUGUUAACAUGCUGCAAAGUGAGUCAUAAUUGGAGUAAUUUACUUACGGGUGCAAGUUAUUGCCCCCAGUCAUAAUUUCUUGUGUAAAUGUUCUCAUCUAGUGAUACUACAGUUUAAAAUCUCACAUCUUUUCACACAGCAGCAUCACAUGAUGAUAUAAGACAAUAGACUGUAUAUAGAAUGGACAGAGUCUGCCUCCUCGCUGGGUGAAGCCACUCCGAGAACAGCACCCUCUGCUGACGGGUUGCAGUAUAAGUCAUAAAUCCUGCCUCCGCCGGCAAAGCUUAUGGAGCUGUGGACAAACUUCAGAAAUUUAUUACACAGAAUAUAAAUGUUUCUCCCCCCUACUUGUGAUGAUGACAUGUAGUUACAGUAAGACUGGUUUGUGCUUAAGUCCUCUUUUUCAGUACAGAUCCGUUUUUUAAAGUUACUAGGGGGUUCAUGUUUUCUAUGAUUGACACUUGAUACAGCCUAUGGGCGUAGCUCAUCCAGGGGAUACGCUGUUUGAGCUCAACGCUAUUGCGCAAUGUUGGUUUCUGGAAGUGGAGAGAAAACACAGAAUUACCGAUAGCUUUUCAGCUUCAAAUCUGUAUACUAGCAGAAGAUGGAACCAAGUUGUCCAUUGUAUAUACAGUCUAUGUAUAAAGGUCCUUUAACACCGGGACCGUUUUUGGAGUGCGAUUAUUUCGGCUGUCAAUAUUUUUUUCGAACCUGUAUCCUGUCAAUACAAGUGUUCACAUCAACAAUGUUUUUCCGUCCUGCAAUAUUGCGGCUUUUUUUUUCAGAUCAUGGUCGAUUUUUCCAAAGUUUUGCGUACUGUGUGUCCACUUCUGACCAAUCAUAUUUCGUGUUGUUGCGACGUCAGAUUCACCAGUAUAUCCAACAUGGCCGACCGGCUGAUUAUUUAUGAUCGUUAACACACAUUACCAAGAUACGGACCUGAAGGACAACUUGUGGAGAGUCAUAGCGUCGGCUCUCUCAUAUGACAAUGGUUUGUGUGUUUUAACAGUUUGCGAAACGUCUUUGUUUUAACUUUCAUCUGUGCUAAUGUAAGCUAACGGUUGUUACCAUAGUUUCAUGUGCUUAUCUUAUCGCCUCUGAUUGGCUAUAAGUGCUGACCGUUUGGCUUGAGCGUGUGAUAACGUUUCCACCUUUUCUAGCCAAUCAGAGGUGAAGGAGGCCGGACGAUGCGUCUUUUCCCCCCAGAAAGUCACAAAAUCGCAUUGGGCUUGAUGUGUACAGGGGCGUCAAAAAAAUUCGCCUCAGAGUAUUUCGAAAUUUCGCGUUCUAUAUUUGUGUCGGCCCCGGUGUGAAAGGACCUUAGGACUCAAAAAGCAAAGUUACGAGGAACUAUACACAUUCUAUUUUAAUGAAAGGAGGAGGAGAUUUUUUUGGUUCUAAAAAACAAAACCCUACUUAUACAUGUUCAGAACAAAAAUCAGCAAAGAGAUAAGAAGGGCUAGGGUUGAGGUUGUCCACAAGGGGCGCUAAAACCAACGUGAACCAAAAGUUCCACACAACAGCUUUUAAGCUUAAACAACAUUCAUCACAUCACGGACAUCUUUAGUUUUAAUAUGUCUCAAUUUAACCCAAAGUUAAUCACAAAAACCAGAUAAUCCCUGCAACUGUCCAUGCUUUUCACAGGAGUGACCAGCUGAAUGUAGGAGACUACAUCAAGUCAGUAAACGGCAUCAACCUGUCAAAACUUCGCCAUGAUGAGAUUAUCAGCUUGCUGAAGAACAUCGGUGAGCGAGUCGUGCUAGAGGUGGAGUACGAGCUGCCUCCGUUUGGUAUGUGAACUCCAGCAAGUAGAUUAUUCUGCCUGAUAGACAAAAAAAAAAUUGCCCUGACAUCUGGAGAAAGUGCUGUCAUCCAAACAAAGUCAAAGUUGCAUAACGCUAAGAAUCGGCAUGACACUAAAAUAUGAGUGGCACAGAUUAGGCAGCGCUAUCUGCCAGUUAAAUCAGAGCAAAGACAUUUAUAAGUCCAGACAGCAUCAGCACAUCACAAUCAGCAACUUUUUAUCAGUAAUAAGAAUCAGCAUGUGACAGUAGAACGUGGGUUUGAUCUCGUAGAUAAGGGCCUUCAGUUUGUAGAAGGUGACACACAGUCCAAUAGACUUGGUCCAGCAGAACAAGAGCGGGACACCAUCAGAUACGCCCUGACUUUACAGUGCCCCGUCUCCGAGAGAUGAAUGAAAGGGAACAAACAUUGACUCUGCAUAAGCCCCAGCCAUCUUUAUUAAUAACGCCCGUCCAGUUUUUGGAUAAAUGGUUGUGAUUGACUCAACUUAAAUUGAACUAGAUGUUGACAUCUGCCACAGCAAAUAGAACACAAGAUUUCAGAUCCAUUAGAGCCGGGCUGUCAAAUCCAUUUCUCAUCCACAUGUUAUAACCGCAUGUGAAAUUUUAACUCAAACAUACAACUUGUAAGAAUAGCAGCAUCAAUAGUUGAUGUUUCUGUGGUGAGAUUUAUAAUAGAGAUGAUUCAGGAGGAUGAACCUCUUUGCAGCUGUAAGACUUGAAACUACAUCAAACAAAAAGAGAAUACUUAUGAGCGACGCAUAAAUUUAAAUGGAUUACACAGAUUUAUUUGCAGUUAGAUCUACUUGAGCCCUAAAGAUGAAGCAGUGAUAUUAUAAGCCCGAAUAUGCGCAUUAACACAGUCAGUGAUUUUUGCCAUCUGUCCCUCUUGCAGCUGUGUCACUCAUGGGUUACGUGUGUAAUGUCAUAUUUUUCUAUCUUAUAGUUUGUUUUAGGUUGUGAACACAUGUCACCCUUCUGCCAGGGGAAUUGUAUGUUAGUCCACUUAAUGUGAUCACGUUUACUGUGUUUGUAAAGACAGAAAAACAAAGAUAUCCUGGCUAUUUUGAAACAGACUCGUACAGGCCUCAGGGCCUUAGAGAGUCAUGCUGAGGUCACUGCACCUCCAGGAGGCUCGGCAUCAAAUUUAAACAUGUCUUCAGCCCUGACUUCAACUGAAGCAGUAGCCAUAUAUUUUCAUUUUCACUGUUUGUUUUCGUGUUUUUUGGGGUGAUUAAAUUCACUCCUCCACUAAAAUAGCAUCUCUGAUUGAGCUCUGAUUAAAUAAUUACUCAAAUGUUUUGUUUCUUAUAAAACAUUUUAGACAUUCAUGCCAUAAAAACGUAUUUUUGAAAACACAUUGACGUAAGUUUCAAAGAGGUCAGCUUCAUUAUCAUUUAACCUUGACAUCCAGAUGUCUUUCAACCUGCAAAUCACUCCUUAUUGGAUUUGCUGCAUCAUGACACCGACCGUCAGGACAGAGUUGCUUUCCAGGAGUUGUAUAGUCUCUGCUCCCCAAACAUUACUGAGGGUCAGGACAGAAGACUAAAUACUCCUCUGAGAUUAAUUUACUAUGUUUCUUUUUAUUCGUAUGGUUGAGCAUUAUUUGGAGACCUGAAAAUUUUGUACAAUACCUGAAUGAGACCUCUUCUGGUCUUCUUUUGCAGUCCAGACCCCCUCAGGAGUCAUAACCAAAACCAUAGAGGUGUGUUUACACAAGGAAGGAAACAGCUUUGGGUUCGUCAUGCGGGGUAGGUGCUCGUUUACUUUUUCUAGAAAUAUUGAGUUUGAUAUUUUUACCCUGAUAUUUACUUGUUUUUGUUUUAAGGAGGAUUCCAUGAGGAUUGGCGCAGAUCUCGUCCUCUGGUGGUGACCUACGUGAGGCCCGGAGGUCCUGCUGACAGGUGAGAACAUGAGGAAACGUUUGUAUGUUUUUUAAUGGUGCUGCUAUUUUUGUCUCUUGUAUAUCCUGACUGUGCAUGAAUGAGCCUAUUGAAGCGAUUGAAUAAAUGCAUGCGUGUGCAUCUCUGUACUGUUUAUAUUUACUGAAGAUGCACGCCCGAAUGGAUAUGCGUUUUACAGAUUGCCCUAUAUUUAUGUGCAACAUGAAUAUUAACCUUUGUCAUAUUGGAGUCAUUAGAUUAUGCAUAGAAAUGACUGAAAGUCCAGUUUUAUGCGUACAAAUUCAUGUGCACGUUAUUUUUUAUUGCAUCAGCCCACUCUCAGUCUGAAAUUGUGACUGUGACACAUUCUGUUCAGUGUAUUUUAUCUUCAAAGCAGAAAGGGCACCGCUCAUCCUGAGGCUAAUGCAACAUUGCACUUUUCCCACAAAAAAAAAAAAAAGAAAAGAAACUCAAAGCACCAAAACACUGAGGCAAACGUAAUUUGCCAUCAAAGACUUUUAUGGCCGUUUAUCUCGCUUAUCCUCCAUCUCACCUGGGAGCGAACACUCAUGUGGAACUGUUUAAUGAUUUACUGUGACUGCGGCUUAAACGCUUGUAUAAGCAUCUUGUACAGGUUCCUUUAUUCUCUCUCCCCCCUCUGCUUUCUGCGUCCCUCCAGAGAGGGCACUUUGAAAGCUGGAGACCGGGUUUUGAACAUAGACGGGAUGCCUUUAAACAGAGAGAAGCAUGCCGACGCCCUGACCAUGCUGAUGCAGAGCAGCCAGGAAGCUCUGUUCCUGAUCGAGUAUGACGUCUCUGUCAUGGGUGAGCACACGCACACGGGGAAUAUGUGGAAGCACGGUCGGGUAGCGUUGCUCUGAGGGUAAAUAAUGUGGCUGUUAUGGCUGUGUGGAUGUGACUGAGUGUGUGCUGUGGAUGCCACUAGGGGAGUCACAAUAGCCCAGGAGCAUAAUUCAGCCAGGAAAGGGAAGAUGGGAAAUAUUCAGAGCAUUAUUACAACCAUGGUCGAGUUCAAUUUCAAUCAUUUUUACAUGUCAAACUUUUCAGACAGGGGCCUCACUUUGCUUGACACAUCUUUUAACCUCUGUGAAAGAUGAGUUUUGACAAUAAACAGAGAACUGAUGAAAAUCGAAGCAAUAGAGGCCAUGACAUCUCCAUCUUCAGGUUUUAGGGUGAGUCAUGCUCCAAAACCACCGUAUCCUACUUUCCCUGCAAUGCAAUUCGCUAUUUUUAUCCCCCCCUUUGUCCACCUGGCAACCUCGAUGGUCUUUUAAACACCACAUCCACAGUUUGUAAAAUAGGUUAUCAAAUGAAAAUGUGCAGUUCCCUUGUCCACGCCGAAACAACCCUGAUGACAUGCCUAUGACGUCAUCAGCUCCCCUAGAGGUACAGAAAUCGCAUUACACAGCCCACAUAGUCAUCAGCUCGACUACCAAACCAAAUGUUAGAAAUAAAAAAUGAGUUUUGCUGAAACCCUAACCCCAAAAAUGUGAGCAGCUUUGGCCACUUUUUUAUAAGCAUGAAUUUUGGCAUCUUUUAUCUCGCCAAAAUUCAUACAUUGUGCACGGAAAAGACAAAAAAAUUUAGGUCAGACUGACUGCUGGUGCACCAAGAGAAUGUGGUUCGACACUUAGUCUCAACCUUUAGCUGUUCUUUUAGAAAAAAAAAAAAAGGCAAAAUGUAAUCCAACAAAAAAGUAUCCUCUCCGUGUGAUUAGAAAUGAGUGAAAUACUGACAUGACUUCACUCCAGAUCAUUACAACAUUUGGUUGCAGUGACUCUUUCCCCUGAAGAUCGCAAACUCUGCUCUUCCCUGUGCAAAAUAGGGCAGGUCACUGAGGACUUUUGACACAAAUUAUCUCUCUGUAUGUGGGAGUUAAAGAGUCAGCCCUCCUGCCUGCGUGAUGAAUCAGUCAUAAGGCUCAUAAUUUUCGGAGAAAUGUAUUUUACUGGCUGAAAUGUCAGGAAAUAGUAGCUUAAAAAUUUUGAGGAGGGGAGCUAAGAGGGAUUGUCAUAUCAUUUUUAUGCAGAGUAGCAAAACACUCCAACAAUCAGGUCAUGAAUGAACUCACAGGUCCAUUUGUCAUCAAGUCAAGACAGUCAAACGUCUAGACAACAAUGUCAAAAUAUCCCAUCACAUGUCCUUCAUUGUCCAGGAUGUGUCUCCUGUGUAUCCUGAAUAUGAAGUACACAUUUCCAAAAGGAUAAUACAAAAAAAGAGACCAUUCAGAAAUAAUCAACAUAUCACCUCAUUGACCUUUUAGACGCUUCUGACUGUAGCUGCAUUUCUACUGUGAUAUUUUCUCCAAUAGUUAAUGUUUUGGUUUAUUUUUAAGUCCCUCAAGGGUCUCUGUCAGAUGCAUUCAAAUCUUUAUGUUACCAAAGAGUAGAUUAUGUGAUUUUUAAGAGGUUUAGAUAAAGUGUAAUAUUUAUGAGCAUGUCACACAAGGACACUGAUAAUUUUGUUGAUAGAGCUUAGCAGAAAACUUGAGAAAAGAAGUUUUUAUUGUAGUCUAAGAUUGCUAAAGAUAUAUUUUGUCACUGACUCCUGAUGUAUCAAGUGAUCUUGUCAACCUCCAUCAUAUCUGUGUGUUUUUUUCUGUUUCAGAGGCGGUGCAGCAAGCCUCAGGCCCUCUGCUGGUGGAGAUCGUGAAAGGUCCCUCUGCCAGCUUGGGGAUCAGCCUCACCACGACAAUAUACAGGAGCAAACAAGUCAUCAUCAUUGACAAGAUAAAGCCAGCCAGUGUGGUGGAAAGGUAUAUAAAAACGCAUAUUCUUAGAAAAUAUUUCACUCAUCCUCCCUGAUGUUUCCCUGACGUUAUCUUCCCCUGUGCCGCCCUCACAGAUGUGGCGCGCUGCACGUAGGAGACAUCAUUUUGUGUAUAGACGGGACCAGCACAGAGCACUGCUCUCUGAUGGAGGCCACGCAGCUACUCGCGAACAGCCUUGACGUUGUAAAACUGGAGAUUCUCCCAGCCAGUCAGAGCAGACUUCCUGUCAGGCCGCAAGACACAGGUACGUCCUCCAGGUGAUGCAGACAGCAUGAUAGAUCUCAGUGAGGCAUAGGAAACAUAAGAGAGGGGUGAGAAUCAGGAGAGAUGAGGAGUUGAUAAGAAGGUAACUCUUUAUAUUACAGUCUUUGUAAUAGGCAUUUAAGUCAUAGCUAAUAUGCUACUUAUAAGACCUUAUAAUAUGCUUAUAAACAUUAGUAAGUGUAAUAAAAGCUUGAGCAUGUGCAUUAUUACUUAUUAGACAUUUAUAAGGUCUUAAUAAAUACUUGUUCAUAUACUUGAGUGGGUGUUUUUUAACAUUGAUCAGACUUUAUAAGAAUUACUUUAAUUACUUAAAUAAACAUAUUUACAAUCGGCUUGCAGCGCACUUGUGGAAAUGUAUUACCAGUUAUUGUACACAGAUGUUUAUUUACAUUAAUAUAAUAGUUUGACCCUUUAUUAAAAUCAAAACUAAUAUUUAUUAUUGCUUGGAGGCCCCCUUUGAGCACUUGCAGAAAUCUUAACAAUUUAAAGACCACUUGUUAAGCUUAUUUAGGUGUUUUCCAAUUUUGAUAACUCUAUAAAGGGUAAAGAUUUGGAGGCACGCAGAUGGUCGAAUGGGUAAGCGCCCCAUGUAUGGGGACCAGGGUCUCUGCAGCGGCUGCAGGUUCGAGUCCGGCCCUGACCAUGUGCUGCAUGUCCUCCCCCCUCUCUCUACCUCCCCAUAUUUCACCCUGUACUAUCAAUAAAAGGCAAAAUUUACCCAAAAAAUACUUAAAUAAAAAUAGCUAAAGUUUCGGGCUGAUUAACAGCUAACAAUGUCCUUUGCAGCUGCUGGAUCUAAAGUGGGACCCUAAUCAUUGUUUUAUAAAGUUUAGUAAAUCCUUUAUUAAGCUUUUAUUAACAGCUAACAAUGCCUUCACACAUCCUCUCCCCACAUUUCCCAUCUCUCUCUCUGUUUCAAGCUGUCUUAUAUAAUGAAAACAGACCAUGAGCCUCCUGUAAAAUCUUAAAUAAAUAAAUGAACAUGAGAAACAAACAGCCUUUUUACAAAUGCAGAGAAUAAUCAGAGGAUGUUGACCCAAAUACAAGUUCUGCAUUUUAAUCGUAUUCAACUGGAAGUUCACCGGCUGCAGUUUCAACAUUGUGUCCUCAACAUAUGUACUCUGACGGCUCUGCUGCGAGUUAUUUUACCUACAGCUGUAAGACGCCUGGCUGCCUCCCAGCUGUCUUAUUCUAUAUGCCGUGAAUCAGCCCGUGUGUGUGUUCAUGCACACGUCAGCCACAGUCCCGCUGCCCACACUCCACUGCUCUGGGUCUCAUGCUACUUCUGUACACGGCGUACACACACAUUCACAAGGAUACAGAGAUUAUGUUUACGCCACGUUUUACGUACUCUUUCCGGGUCAGCAGCUGCGGGGGUACUUAACAUGUGAGCAAGAAGAUAAAGGGGAAUAAGAUGUAUUUUUGUCUCAGAUUCUGCGGUCACUGGAUCCUUUUUAAUACAUAUAUUUUUCCUUUAUCUGCAGGGUUUCACUUUUAUCCUUAGGUACUGAUAUGUACAUUCACAGAGGGUUUAAUCCUCUGAUGAAAGCAUACAAAUUAAUGCUUCAAAAGACUGCUUGAACUGCUUGUGCGUCUGUUGACCAUUGACCUGUCUCUAUCACUUUAAAGUAACAGGCAUGUACUCUGUUAUUUUUAUUUAAUGAUGAUGCACUUAUGAAUAAUGCACUGUGACGUUAUCAUAAAAUAAAACCAUAUUUUCACAGCCUCUUUUCUGCUAGGAUAAGGCGUGAUUAAAGGAUGCAAUUUGUUUAAUCUCCUCUGGGGAUUUAAUAAGACUGAUACAGCCACUAAGAGAUUAGGAGUUAAUGUUUCUUUCCACCCGCGUGGAUCGCAAAAAGACAUCAUUUCUUGGAGAGCUUCCCCUAGGUGAGCUUAGCAUAAGCCGCCAGAGCUGAAUCUGCGCAGGUUUUUGAUUGAGCUUGAUAGAAACUAGCUCUCUGAAAAGGGCCGGAGGGUCUCCUCUGUGUAUUCUGAUUACAUCCAGCUAGAUUUAACCAGGUUUCAUGAAAAUGGCAAACCUCCCAGGCGCUACCGCAGUCAACCAUGUUUCCCGCAAAUCCCCCAUCCAUGUGAGCAAAUUUCUGGAGAUUAGACCCCCGCAAAUGAAGCAGCAAGGAUUACUGUCAUAUGUAUCUCUGUGACAAUUUCAGCAGCUUCAAUCUGUGAAGGAAAAGUUAAUUAUUUAGGUGUGUGUCAUACAGGAGGUCAGUUUUUUCCCUUGAAUGCUUCACAGAUGUUUGACCAAAUGCACCUUGUCAAACAGCCUUUAAAAGACUGCCUUUAGGUAUCAUCACUCUGCGCUCUUGCAGUCAUUAAAAGUUUGAAAAAGUCUGCAAAGUUGUUGGAAAUUCACAUGAACAUAACCAACAGGAUUAAGAGCAUCUUAACCAAUCAGACACAGGAACACGCCCCUUUCAUCAUCAGCAAUCAGGGUCCCAGCUGCAUCCAAUCAAAGCUGAGCCACAUGCUUCACUUCCUGCUAGAAAAACAGCAACAAGAUGCCGAGCAGUCAACUUUCUCAGCUUGUUUUAGCACCUUUAGGCUCCUUUGAAAAUGAAAUUAUGAAAAUGAUCUCCACUUUGUGUUCAGCUUAUUGGAAACUUACUAGCAAAAGUAAGAGUUUAUUGUUUUUUUUUUAUUUUAAAACCCUGUCCACCUCACAUUCAGCUCUGUGUUGUGCCUUACUCACUCUCAUAUUCUCACCAAAAUGCAUUAAACCACAGGAUUUAAUCCAGAGUAUCAUCGUGAAUCAUAACAAAAAACCAUUGAACAUCAGUUACUCUGCUCUGAUUUAUCCCCAGGCAGUGUGCAAUGUGGUACGAAUCAAGACGUGAAAAUUAAAGGGUGAUUUCACAGAGAGAAUUAAGAGAUAUUUAAGUCAUAUUAAUGGAUUUGAAUGUGUUUUUUUUCUUAUUUUGUGUCAGUAAAAGUGCAGAAGAGCAACCAUCACCACUGGGACCAAAGCAGCAACUACUGCCAUCCCCCACAUGCCAGCCACGGCAAGACAUGGAGCAGCCCAAGCCACCCACACAACCAGCAGGACCACUGCAAAUGUAAGUUAUCGCUUGUGACAGCACUGCUGCUGGCGAGACACCAUAGAGGGAGCCUUUUCUUCUUCACGUUUGUUAAAUCUUUUCCAAUUGAUUUACUCCAACAGUGUAACCGCUUUUCUUUCUUUUUGUAGCAUGUUUUUUUUUUAAAGCACUUUUUUGAUACUGCUGCUGUCUCUGAAAAUAAAAUGUCACGCUGGUUACCUGCGGUUUGAAAUGCGUAGUUGCUAUGUCUUCUUUCAGCUCUGGUGAGUGGUGGCUUCUCCCCUUCCUCCACAGCCACCUCAGGGUUCAGCAGCCAGGGAAGCAACACCCUGCCCUGCCCCAUCCCUACCAUCGCCCCGAACAGUCCCCGUAGCUCCACCGGCAAGAGGAGGACCAGGAAGAAAGAUCACAAGAGCUCAUGUAUGACAAACCUGCUUCUUGUUUUUAGACAAAGUGGUCUUAAUAAAAGCCUAGAGUUCUAGCGGUCUUAUUUCUUGUAUAGGAAGCUGCAAAAGCCCUGAAGUAAAUGCUACCUAUAUGAAGGUUUUUUAAUGCCAUGAGAUGCUAUUUUGAAGGUCACACUCCAUGUUGCCUUUGCUGUAUGUAUGACCUUUUUUUUUUUUAGCUGUAUCUGCCCAUUGUUGCUUUUUUUUUAUAACAUUACACAGUUGAAUAAUACAUAAAUGAAUGCAGGCAGACAUAAAAAAAUAAAAAUAAAAACAGGAAUACCUCCGCAACUAGAAACACCCCCACACAGAUGAUAAUAGCAUGUCAUUUUGAGCUACGAAUGAGUGGUUAACCUUCUUACGUAAGCGUGUGUUUAAGUGCAGGUGCAGCCCUCCAAGCAUGGCUGUACAGUUAUUUUUGUUAAUUUUUUUUUUUUUAAAUGCUGUUAGCACCACAGAGGAAAUUCAUAUUAACUUCACUGUAUUGGACUGGAGGCAUAAAACUCGGAUAAUGAAAACUGAAAGCUAUCGUACAGCUAAGGGCUUUUUUUGUAACUCAGGUGGAGUGACCUUUUUUUUUUUUUUAAUGUUCACAGAUUUGUUAAACAAACUUCCCCUCAGUGUGUGAACAGAUUUGACUGAUUACUAAUGUUAGCGUGAAUGAUGUAAACUCUGAGUCCUCACUGUGGGUGCAUGUGUCUUCCCCUUUACCCUUCCUCCUAUUUUUACCAACACAAUCCCUCUCUUGCCUCUUUUUUUUCACUUAUAUAUCUCAAUUUUUGUCCCACAGUGUCUCUGGCGUCCAGCUCUGUUGGUCCAGGGGGACAGAUUUUCCAUGUGGAAACAAGUGAAAUCAUCCUGAGGGGGGACCCACUCACAGGUUUUGGGAUUCAGCUUCAGGGAGGGGUCUUUGCCACUGAGACCCUGUCUGCUCCCCCAGUUAUCCGCUUUAUUGAGCCUGACAGCCCAGCUGAAAGGUAACACUCUAAACAAAAAUCAUAAAACUCACCUGUAAUUAGAUGUCCUUGUGCUCAUCAGUUAGCCACAUGUGAAUACAGCUGAUUUUGGCGUCCUGUCCAAUGAGUAUUUUAAGACAUGUGCUCUUAAAAGGGUUUUGAAAUUAUUAAGAGUAGCAAAAAAACACAUCUGCUAAGGACAGUGAAGUAGUGUUCAAAGGUGAAGGUGAGAGUGUAAGAUAUGGAGCCCAAACUAUGUAAAACAUAUUUGCAAAUGAUAACCAGCAAUAAAAUGUGAAAUAAGUUUGUCCAGGGUGAAGUUAUAAAUUUUUUUGAUCAUUUUUAGUCAGUAUUUCACUUUGUAGACGGUCCCUGCUGACUCAUGUCAGGCAUGGCCGUGCAGAGAGGAUUGUUAGGAGGAUUUCAUUUAUUGUUACGAGUAAAAAUGGCUGCACAUACAGCAGCCAUUCAAGUUUUUACAAGAUCCAAGAUGUAAUUUGGUUUUAAGUAUCUUGAACUUAAAGUUAACUCAACUCAACUCAACUUUUUUAUAGAGCACUUUAAAAACAACCAAAGCUGACAUGAAGUGCUGUACAUAAUACCAUAAAAACAUAAAACAACAAUAAAUAGUUAAUAGUUAAAGGUGGGGUAGGCAGGAUCUGAGGAAGUGCCAGUUUUGGGGAGAAAUCUUUGAAUGUAAACUUUACCCCUCACAACACUUUUCACCUCAGCUCCUCCUCUCCCCUCCUUCUCUGCUCCAACAAGCCCCGCCCACAAACAGACGCUCCUGCUCGCUCGUAUCGUUCCAAUUAAAUUCAGUUAUAAUGCAGAUAAAUACUUCAGAUAAUUACAAAUGAGGCCCAGUCAGCAUGAAAGUAAAUAGCAUUGGUGCUACUGUAGAUGCCAACAGACUACCAGCAAACACAAUGUUUGCAGGACUUCUACAACUAGGAUAAAGUGACAUAUUCCGGGACCCGAGGUGAACAGUUUAGCGGCGCUACAACACGCAGCAGGUCCCAUUUGAUAAGAAACACUUCUGUUACACUUGGCUUACUUUGUUAAAGCAGUUUUCCUGUCCAGCAGGAAGGUCACAGGGUCCGUAAGAUCCCGAAUCGUCCCCCAUCAUUAUUGACCCAGCUUUUUUAGCUCUUGUCCGGUCUACCUCCGUUUUAAGCGCCCGUUAUCCCGCCAGAGUCUCCGGUAUUUACUUCGUUUUCUUGCUUGUGUUGGCAGUUGUGGCUUAAGGAGGAUUCAGACAAUUUUCUGUACUUUCUGGUCGGUUUCUACUGUCCGAUAUUGUAGCACGCUAACUUUGUUUGGGCUCCUGAACGACACAGGGGAGCAGCGUCUGCCUCACAACCAAUCAGGUUGGAGGAGGUGGGGAAUGGCUUUGUUUACAUUCAGUAAGAGGGGAGUGCUCUGAAAUUUUAAAAUGUUGACUACACAGACAUAAAAAAACACUGCCUACCUCACCUUUCAUAGUUAGCUAAGUUAAAUAUAAGAGUAAUAAGAUAUUUUGGCUAAUGAGACCAGUCAUUUGAGUUUUGCAGGGUAGACGUCAUCUGCUCAGCCGGCUGUCAUGCAGUUGAUCAAAAGCUUGUUCUGUAUGUUUGCACAAUUCUUCUAGCUAACUAGUGCUUUGUAAAACAUAGGGAGGUAACAUUUAGUGUUUUUUUCAAAUUCUACUCAGAAAAGUUACUUAAUGACAGUAACUUAAGUGAAUAAGAUGAGUUGAUUUCCACCCCUGACUAGCAUGGCUGUAGACUUGAUGAGCAGAAACUCUUUUUGAACAUAUUUUAGUUUUUAUCACUUUUUGUUCAGAGAGGUCAGGUUUUACUCCCUGUUUAGUGGUGUGGUAUUCAUUUAUCUCUUAAUGAAGAAGGUCAAGCUUGAAAUGUCACAAGGUUGGAGAAAUGUUUUCCACCGAGGAGGACUUUCAAAGGAGGUUAUCGCUGAAAUUUAAAUGCCAGUGGCUGCUUCUCUCCAUUAUAUCAUCAGUGUUUGUAUUGAGGACGCUUUCACCGGUCAAUUUUUUCCAUCUCUUUCUAUCUCUUUGUUUGAUAUUUUACCAAGUACAAUGUAGCUCAUCCCUGCUGAGAGAGUGCAGUCUCGCAAGAUAAACUUUGUUGACUUAAAUGGUGUGAGGACCCCUCUAUUGAUAUGUAGCACUCUAUUGAUCCAGUUGAUAUGUUGUCGUCUAAUUAACACCCAUCUGUGCUCAGACUGUACGCUCUGUAUUUGUCCUUGUCUUGUGAGAUUAAUGAUGGUGGUUGCGGGCAGUGCAGGGUUGUCUCCCCUGGGUCUUGUACCACUGUUUAGUCCAGGAGUGACUCAAAUACAGCUUCUGCCUGUGAUGUUGGUGUCUCAGCCUCAAUGCAAGGUUAGCAAGCGGUGGUGGUUAGUGAAUUAAUAACAGUUGACAGUGCUGCGGUGGUUGCCCUUGCAAUUAGGCGUCUGAUUAAAUGUGUGAUAUUUGUGUCAUAUUGUAUGCGUGUGCGUACGCUCGUUUGCUGAAGUGACUGGUAAAGUUCAUGUAAGGUCAGUGUUUAUUUAAAGGCUGGAGGCCGUAUUUAAUCCUAUAGAUGGUAUUCAAAUUAUUCAGCGAAUGCGGUGUCACAUAGCAUGAAUGUGUGGCUCAUCGGAAUAAUUGUACCGUGAGCAGGAAACAGAUUUUAGUGCGGAUGAAAAGACGCCGUAGUAGAUAUGUUUUUUUAAUUUAAAGACAAUGAAGACAAUAAUAUUAUGCUGUGAUAAAAAAUGAUAAUUUAGCUGCCUGAAGCUGUUCAAAUUGAGUUUUAAUGGAGCAAAAGUUUGACUUUUAUUUCAAGCACAAUUCAUUGAUAUACUUUUGGUGUAAGACCUUGUGCAUGUCGAAGUUUCUGUGAUGACAGCGAGUGUUUCUUUGACCAGACUUGGCCUCAUUAACUAAAAAGUUGAAGCAACACCUCUGUGAAGCUGUUUCAGAGUGGUGUUAAUUUCCCCUCCAUAGCUAGGUGAACCCUGGAAACCAGAAACUGAUCAUAUAUUUACAAAAAUAUUUUCUUGAGUUUAAAAGUCUGUUUCUCUCUGUGUUGUUGUUUUUUGUCUGUUUAGGUGUGGGCUGCUGCAGGUCGGCGACAGACUCCUCUCCAUUAAUGGGAUCCCAGCUGAAGAAGGCACUUUGGAGGAAGCCCACCAGCUGCUCAGAGACUCCGCUCUGGCAAAUAAAGUCACAGUGGAGGUCGAGUUUGAUGUUGCAGGUAUCCCAUUUGUUUCUUACUGCUCUUGUCAUGUGUAUUCUUGUGUGUAAUUACUUAAAUUUGUGUUUAUCUCAAUGGAAAAACAGAGUCAGUGGUUCCCAGCAGUGGCACCUUCCAUGUCAAACUACCAAAGAGGAGAGGAGUGGAGCUGGGCAUCACCAUCAGUGGUGAGUUUAGAAGCUUCUAGACAUACAGCAGGGGGCAGUGUUGCUACGAAUUACCCCAUGCAGGCUGCAAAUUGCAAAUCUCCUUUGAAUUGAUGUUCUGUGAUCCAUAAAACGCAGGCUCACAAAACAAUUGGAGCACAUACCUCAUUUCCUCUGAAUAAUACUGGCCUGUACCAGCAUUCAUCAUCAAACCCUUUUUGCUCCAAAUGGCUUUGGAAAAAAAAAGGGAGCUGUAUGAGAAAAGGGAACGUCUUGUUUAGAUGUUGAGAUCCUCAUUUCAACAACACUGACAUUUAAAAAUAAAAAUAAAAAACAGUAUUUUCUUCUUUUACCAGCAAGUAAGAAACCCGGCAAGCCCCUUAUCAUCUCUGACAUCCGCAAGGGAAGCAUAGCGCACAGGUAUGUCCUAUCAUCAAACAUGGCAAAACAUAUAAAUAACAUAUUUGUUAUAUAAAGCCACCUGAAGGAUUUAGUUUCCAAACCUUUUAACAGCUCAGCAUGAACUUUGUUUUGCAGGCUUAUAUGGAAUUAUUCAAGAACAAUAUAAAAAUGUUUGGUGAAUCCACUGUGUAAUACGAGCCUAAUUGGAUUGAGCUAUCAAAACUGGAUCAGUAGGACAAUGCAGACACAUUUCAGAAGGGCUCAGUGUUGAUUAGGUUGAAGGCGAGGUUAGGGUCACACAAAAGGAUCCCAGUGGGACACAAAGCUAAUAGGAUUCUCAUUUGGAGUCAGGAGAAAGCAGCACAGACCCCGCACGGCCCCAGUUUACAGUUGCGGUUCUCUCCUCUCUUUGUUUCCGGCAGAACAGGCACUUUAGAGCCUGGAGACCGGCUGCUCGCCAUAGACAGCAUUCGGCUGGAGAAUUGCACCAUGGAGGACGCCAUGCAUGUCCUGGAUCAGGCCGAGGACAUGGUCAAACUCCGAAUCCAGAAGGAUGAGGACAACAUUGGUACAAAAAUCCCUAAAACAUAAAACAUGUCGUCCUUUUGUAAUAAAAGCAGAUUUAGUGGAAAUUUUAGGCUUCAGUUUGACUCUAGAGUUCACUUCAAACACACCAACAUUCAGAUGUGGUUAUGUUUUCUCCCCUAAUACAUUAAUUUGACACCUUACGUCACAAUUCACUCUUAAAUUAGGAUUCUGUCUGACAAGAUAAUCUUACAAAUCAGAACUUUUAACAGUAGCUGGUUGUUUUUCUCCUUUUUUUUUUAGCUGUAACCUUUUCAAAAAACACACAUUAACCAAAAAAGGGAUUACCCUUUCCUUCUUUUUGACUCCUCACAUGAUUUUUUAACUGUUACAGGCCUUAAGACAAAAUAUUAUCUAAAUCUUUCGAAAAGAGCCAAGAAAAAGUGCUUCAGAGGGAUUAAAUUGAGUGCAGCUGAACUCAAAAACCACCAGGUUUAUCUUGUGACCAUGUUCCUGUUACAUUACAACCUGUUAUGAGUUGAGAGGUCGAUGGAUUUAAUAUCUUGUUUGGUAAACCUCUUCAUUAUCACAGGAACUCAUGUUCUCAUAAAUGUUUGUUCUUUUCACCUUCAAAGGGCUUUAACAACCAAAUAACCUGUUAUCUGCUUUCUCUACAUGUGCUAUAGAUGAGUUGGAGAUGUCUGGCUCCAUAAUCUACACAGUCGAGCUGAAGAGAUAUAACGGACCGCUGGGCAUAACGAUUUCUGGCACAGAGGAGCCCUUUGACCCCAUCGUCAUUUCUGGCCUCACUAAGAAAGGCCUGGCAGAGAGGUGAGGAGGGGAGCAGUGGGUCAGAGUAGUUAUUUGAGGAGAUGGUGACCCCAAGCACUAAAUUAGAAUGAGUCAAAUCUCUCUCUGCGCCCCUUAGAAACUUUUUUUCUUCUAAAAUAAACAACUCACUAAACAAUCAGCGUCUCGUCUCUUUCUGUAACAAGAAGCCUCUUUGUUUUACGGUUCAGUCAGCGGGCUGGCAGCACGACAGUUUACCCCGGUCAGUGUAUCGGUACUGUCUGGUAUAAUCUGGUGUCUCUGUCUCCACUGCCCUCCUAACCCUGCAGGACCGGGGCCAUCCACAUAGGGGACAGAGUCCUUGCCAUUAACGGGGUCAGUCUGAAAGGAAAACCACUGAGCGAGGCCAUCCACCUCUUGCAGAUGGCCGGGGAGUCGGUCACCCUCAAGAUUAAAAAACAAGCCGACCGUAUGUCUCUUUAAGUUUUGGUUCACUUGUUGAGUGCAAAGAUAAUCAGAUGAAUGUAUUUUUAACAAUAAGCUGCUUUGUGAAGAGAAAUCAAAUGAAAGAAACAAGUGAAUUCUCAACAGGAUUAAGUCGCAUACAAUCACUUUUUGUUUCAUGGCUGGAGAGCCUUCUUUCCACUGAGAUUUUGGAUGUUUUGUCCUGGUUGUUUGGCAUUUCCUCUUGACUUUAUUCCCUUUAGAUAUUGUGCUAGUCUAUUCUCUUGUGCUCCUAUUGUGCCAAAUUGAGUCCUUAAAGUCUAGCUUCGAAGGCACUCACGUCUCAUAUUUGCAUUUUAAGAGAGCUUAAGUUUGAUCUUUCCUUCUAAAUGGUGAUUUUAACUGUUUAUUCCCAGGGUCUGAUAGACGUCGCUUUACAGACAGAGAAGCUGCGUUUUUAAGCGACACAGAGGAUGAUCUGACAGACUUCCCGAAGACCAGUAAACACUCAGAGAUCUACUCUGCCACUGUGCCCAGUAUAGACUCAGCAAUGAGCUCCUGGGAUAGCUCAGGGUUUGACGCAGGCUACAGCAGCCAAGGUGAGUCAUACUGGGUUUCUCGCUUACCCAUUUUACCCUCUUGUACAAAGAAGUCAGUGUUGUUUCUUUUUUUUUUUCUUUUUUCAGGGACAUAUCUUCACAAAGCGUCUGAUAUUCUGCUCAAUCCAAGUGAGUGGCGUCGCACGCAGCACAGGAGCCAAACCAGCUCAAGCUCUGCGGGCCUCCUUCACCACACCUCGCUGUAUGAUGGGAGGUUUACAGAGGAUGAGUGGGACAAGAUACCCGGGUAUGCAAACGUCACCCUGUCAACAUGUUUCUGUUUAACUUUAAGUGUUUUUUUCUUUCUUUGUUAAGUAAAACUAUUUACUUUUCCAGAAGUGUUCUUUGGUGGUAAUUUUUAGAUUAUCUACAUCAGUAUCCCAUUUUGAUGUUGCAUUACUCUUCCAUGAGGGCCAAGAUGUGUAAAAGUACCUCAUAUUCUUGAAUCCAGGGCUUUAAAUCUGAAUUUUAAUCUUGUUACUUUCCCACAAGUAAAUAAUCUGCUCCCUUUUUCUGCAUAUGUAUGUAGAAGCUUGUCUUUUAUUAUUUCCCCUCUUUGGGUUCAUUGACAAAUGCAAACUGUAUUGUCUGUUUUUUCCUCUCCAUUUUGUAUUGUAUGCUUUCCUGUUUUGUGCUUUUCCAAACUGUCCCUUUCUCUUCUUUCUCAGGUAUUCUCUUUCCCAUCUGCUUUACUAACUGCCCACGAGCUCUUUGGUGUUUCACAUAGAUGCAUCUUUUUGUGUCAUCCCCUUGUCCACAACAAAUGUUUCCCUUGAAAGCAUCUAAAGCGCCCAAGGAUACAUCAGCUUUCUGUCUCUUCACACCUCCUAUUUUUUUUCCACUGAACUCUGUGUCACAUGAUUUCAAUUUCCUGCCCUUUUUUUCUGCGUGACGUUACCUUUGAACAAAUGAACUCCUUUUAAAGGCUUUAUCUAAUCUAGUGGACUCCUCGGCUAUUGAGCGGCCACAAGAGAAUUUAAAAAUAAAGUCCUCAAUGAGGUCCUGAGAGAUUUUCCGAAGGGGGGAUUCUCCAGCACGCAGGCCUCCAAAAAAACUGCUUUUCCCAUGCUGCACCAGCGGCGGCGAGAUCCCAGGGCUGCUCUCAUGUUCUGGUUCCUGCGUUGUCAUAGAUUCGUCAGCCCCCCUCGUUGCCAUGGCACCCUGAACCAGGACGACAGCUUCUGGUCCCAGGCUUUGCAAGACCUCGAGACCUGUGGCCAAUCUGAGAUUCUCAGGGAGCUGGAGGUAGGCCCCACCUGGCACUCGCCUCCCCUCGCCUCCUCUUUGCGCCUGUUUCCUCUCCUCCCCCAUCUGCUUAGUCCUGCUCAUGUGUUCAUAGACCAGUGUCAGCCUAAAUGAACAUGCCAGAUGAAGCAUUAUGAUAAUCACUAGAGUGUAAUCUCUUAUCAAAUCUGACAUGACAGGCCGGGCACCUGCUGCCAUACUGAUCCAGAGAGGCUUUUCCAGUCUCAGGCUUUGUGACAGCUUAUAUACUAUAUGUGUAUGUGUGUGUGUGUAUUUUUAUCCGAACAUAAUGCUCUAAUAUCCUUUUAUUUUAUGCUCUUUCAGGCAUCCAUGACAGGUAGCGCUCUUAGUCUAUACCUAGAUGAGACCAAAACCAACGAUGACUCCAUGUUUCAGUCUGACAUUAGUCCCAUUAAAAGAGAGGGGGUCCAUGGAGAGUCAGACAACAAAACCAGCCUGAACAUGUCAUCCAGAGCCAGAAAUGCAACUUCCCGAGGCAAAGGAGACCCCACUGAUAUCCUGUCCCCCACCACCCUGGCACUGCAUAAGGUAGAUCUUGCAUUAGGACACAUUUUCCCCACAUAAACCUCAAUAAAAAAUCAUAAGAAAUAACUAAAAAGGAGCAAGGGACGGUCCUAGAAGAAGCAUCUCAUCAUCUGAUAAACAUGUUUCUUUUUAAUCAAUUAGUGCAGCCAAAACUUCCUUUGAAUGCAACAAUAAGUCAAACUACAAAUUUAGUAUCCGAUUUCACGUGUCUGAGAAUUGACACGAUUUUGCAGCAAAAGAAACCUGAACUACCAUCCUUUCCGUCCUGCAGUGAUACGAUAAUAAACUCAGGAAGUUUCACAUGCACAGCAGCCGUCUCAGUUACUUAUUUAUUUAUUUGAACAGCGAUUUAAAUUCACCCUUUUGUUAGACAAAUGGUUGUGACUGAAUCAGGUCGGAUGCAAAUCUCAUUGAAUGGGAGGAGUAUCAGAUGCCUCUGCCAAAGCAAAUAAAACUUGAGCUUGAAGAUUAGCUCUGAUUUCUAAGACGAAGUCGAGCCAAAUCAUGCGCAAAUUGGGGACCCAUAAAAUAAGCCUGCAUGUGCCUUUAUAACAUCGAAAAGGACUAAAAUACUCAGACUGGUCUCUUAGAUUGGUUUUCACUUGAAUCUAAAUACUAUAUCUUUUGUGUUUACGAUAAAGUGUUUUUUUCACCUCGUUGCUAUGGUAUCAUACCUUUUUUUUGAGAUGGUAGAAGUUGAAAAGAAACACCUACUCCUCAAAGAUAAAGACUUUUCUCUGAUGUUGUUCUAAAUAUGUCACCUUUGUAUAUUUUUCCCAAGUUUGAGGGGAAAUUUAUCACUGAGCUUCACUUACAGCUUGAUAAACAUUGUACAAACAGUCGUGCCCUGAGGGAAUCUGCCCAUGAUUAAGUUUCUACCUGCACAACUCCUUGACUUGACUCACUGUGCCUGACGGUACAGUAUAACUGGACCCAGUGGAUAACCUGGCCAGUCAGGACUUGCUGUGUGUAUGACAAAAACACACAGCACUCAUUAAAUAUUUCCUUAGCAGCUGCACAUGCUGUGACCCCGGACUGUGCCUAUGUUGUCGCUGGGACGUCUUGUUAGAGUCAUCACUGCUCUGUCUUUGUCGUGGGGAAAACUGGGUACAGGAAAGCAACGCUUAAGAUCCUGAAAGAUUUCUACAAAUAAUUUCUAACUAUUUAAAUGUUGAGGCUUCAUCUACAUCUGUCUAAUAUUUGUAAUUCCACUCAUGGAAACAAAAAUAACGUAAAGCACUGUCCUUUUAGUCAUCGUCCCUGUCCUUCAGUGUGCAGAUAAGAAGUGUUUGCAGUAGACACAACAUGUAAUGAUAUCAUGGAAAGUCAUCUAGAGUCCCACAUUGAAGCUGUUUCUUGUUUUGGUUUAAACCUUGAUGACCUUGUUAUAGAGCCCAAAGAAGAAAACCUGACCCAGAGGCAUGUGUCCAUGAAAUCUUUACCUGUUGAGUAUACAGAGAGGAUACAGGAUUAAUGGAAUAAAAGAGGGCACCUGUCAAUGGUUACAGAGCAAUACCAAAGUCCAUAUCUAGGUUAGUCUACAUGUAUGUUGAGCCCUGCAAUCUGUGUAACUCCUGAUUCCCAUUUCAUUCACAGGUGACUAUAAGGAAGGACCUUGAGAGCCAUGAUUUUGGUUUCAGCGUCUCUGAUGGGCUCUUGGAGAAAGGGGUUUAUGUCAACAUGAUUCGCCCCAACGGCCCUGCAGACCAGGCGGGGUUGAAGCCUUUUGACCGUAUUCUUCAGGUAGAGUUUGUUUGGAUUUUGACCGUUUCAGAAAUGAGCCAUGUAAAGUUGCUGUGCUGGAACUUACUGAUUUCAUCUGAUCUUGACUGUGGUCCCCUCCUGUUGAUUUUUGAUGAUAAAAUAUGUCACUCACCCCCUCACAGCAGCUACAGGCUUUAAAAACUACAAUGAAAACACUGUUAAUCUUGUCAUCAAGGACCUUAUAUGCUUUUGAGAACCACAGAGACACUUUGGCCCGAUUAACAAUUUCUUCCAGCCCGCAGAGCCAUCACAAAAAAAACGAACAUUACUCCAUGAGCCAAAUAUUGUAAGCUUCAUUUGUUAGAAAUCUAGUUUGCUAACAUGUCCUCUCAGGAAAGUGGGAACAAAGACCAUUUAAAGCAUCAUCAACGGUCUCUGGUGGGUCCAAUUUACAGGCUCUUCAAAAUAUUUUCCCUAACAUCAAGCACAAUUAUGAGUUUACUUCCAAUCUGCAUUUGGGGGUUUGUUUCGUACACUACCUAGCUGGCCCUUGAAAAAGCCAAUGUGGCCCAUGAAUUUAUAAUGUCAAUUUCUCUCUUGAAUUUAUUGAAUUUACCUUCGGGAUAAAUAAAGUUCUUAUCUUCUUUAAGUUCUUCUUAUCUUAUCUUUCAGUCAAAAUAACUGCCCACUCCUGCACUACACUGUUUAUUUCAGUCUGUUUUAUGACCCAUCAAAAACUCCAGCUUUAAGUCCUUUCAGAGGUUGAAGAUGAGGCCAAAUAUGAAGCUAAAGCCUGCAGCAAGUUCAAGCUCAACAUCAUAAAAAAAGUCGACUGGAAGCAUGAGAAACAUAUAUGUUAGCUUUAGUUAGCUUAGCAUUUACUCUCAAUCUAUUUUAGACUUUCUGCACAAAGCCAAGCCCAUGAGUUCAGUGUUUCUCCUCUACUUGGCUCUCUCACUCCUCUUAAGUAAUUUUGAUCAUGAGGCAUGUUGAAAUGUUGAUUUAAUAGAUUCUGAUCUUCCAGGUGAACCGUGUCCGGACCAGGGACUUGGACUGUUGUCUGACUGUGCCCCUAAUUAUAGAGGCAGGAGAGAGCCUGGACUUGGUCAUUAGCAGGAAUCCACUGGCAGCGGCAGACAACGGGCUGCCCGACGACUGUGACGACCCCUCGAACUCGCUGUUCUGCUUUCCGGAGCGCAGGACCAACACAAUCGCCCUGUGACCACAAAGAAAGACCAACACUAGCUUUAAAAGACUGCAGCACUGGGACCUCUCACACAACACACACACACACACACACACACACUCACAACUCACACACAUCCUUCAUGCACGGUUAAGUUCGUCUCAUUGUACCUCUCACACAGACCUUCACACUCAUGUCCAGCACGCAGAGCAUCCAGGAACAGCCGCCUGAAAGCAUCUCUCACUUACAAAGUUACAAGUGCAUGUGUUCAUGAUUGCCGGUUUUAGUCACUGUGUUCACAUGAUGAGAUUCAAAAGGAGGCUCUGGCUUCAAGGCAGGCCCCCUCCACCACACACCCCUCCUCACCCACCUCUUCCGACUCCAGAGGCAAAGCCACAUGCAGGGUUAUAUAACAGCGGAGUCAUAGCUUCUGACUGAGCCAGGAUGUCAACACACAUGCCUCAGCUCCGGAGCAAGCUUAAUGCUGCACGCACACACCGCAUACAUAUAUGCUAUCUUUUGCUUUAACAGGCGUCGUGUUCCCUUUGGCAGAACAUUUCUCCGGUUGUGUUAUUCUUUAUCUUACACACCAGAUACACAUGCACAUUUACACAUGUAUGAAACACAUAAUUUUCACACAGGGUGUUAAUGGACUGAAGGUUCGAGCCACAUUUCGCAUAUAUGAGUUAUUUCAGCCGUGGAUUUGGCUCACUGCCCGUGCUUACAGUUUCUUCCCCUUACUGCCUGCCCCUCGAGUGGGGACAAGGCCUCCAAGUAGACAGAAUCUCCCUUAUACCUCAUCGAUUAUUCAAUAAGGGGUUUCAAGAGACACUCAGAUAUGAUGCCUCAUUUGGAGUUUGUUCACAAAGAUGUUUUAAGUUUCACAUUUUUCACCCUUUCUUUUCACCCGCUCAGCAUUUGCACUUCACGCACAUUUCCCCUGUUAUGAUUUCUUCAUUAAGUUUCGAACCACUGUGUAAAUCUGGCUCUCUGUAUGUGGCAUUGCACCAGCUUGGCUUAUCAUUUGGUUCGUUGCCUAUCACUGAAACGUCCUGAAGCGAAUCACAUCCUCUCCGCAAUUGAAGGAUGAAAGGCCUUUCAGUUUUUUUCAGUGAUGAAUGAUUCUCAUGUGUUUUCACCACAUCAUACAGGAUUGAUUUUCACUUCCUUUUAUGUCUGCAGUAGCUCUUUUGAAGUAACUAUGAGCAUGCAGUGGGUCAGCGAGUUUCCCCGUCUUAUAAAACAAUCUCCUUUUUCCCCCUACAGGAUCCAUUUUUAUCAUAAGACAUUGAUUUUAUGAAGCAUUUGUCCCGUCUCUGGAAAUAAAAUCCAUGUUUUGUUUCACGUAUUGGUUGAUGUGAAGAUGUUGUGAGAUAGUUGUACUGUCCUGUUUAGAGAAGCCUUAGAGACUGAUUAUCCUUGGGACGGUAACUUUUUUAAACUCUGUUUCAGACUCAUGUCUAAUGUGAAAUAUCAUGUUGUAUACAGAGGCCUAUUUUUAAGGUUUUAUAUUAAUUUACUGUAUUGUACCUCACAUUUUACUCUAUAAUAUAUCAUGGUACGCAGUGUUUUGUUUUUACUUUACAGUAUACGCACAUACAGUGUGGUAUCUUUUUGUGAGCUGUGAUACUGAAUGUGACUGCACAGAUUUUCGUUUAUUUCCACAUCUUACCUGAAUAUGUCAGGAAUUGUUUGAAGGAACUUGAAAAUUUUAUUGGAUAUUAUUUUAUUUUUGUUAUUUAACAUAAGAAAUGUAUUUCUUUUUAUGAGAAUAAAGUCAUGGAACCGUUAAUGUUUAUUCGGAGAGAGUUUAA